CCUCCAUGCUGAGCCUUGCUGGCAACAUGUGAAAUGACCAAAAUGCUAAUAAUGUUGCAUCUUCUCUACCCCGUGACGCAGCCUUCCUCAACGAACUUCUUCAUUUCUCAAAACAGAACUCUGCUCUCACCCUCCAUUCGACGGCGACUCCUUCAGCUUGCCGCAACCCAUCACUCCAAGGCUAGGUCACUUGACGGCGAAUUCUUCAGUCUGGAGAAAUCUGGACAUUUGUGAACUCUUGGGAAUUUAUUUGCCUAUUUCUGAACGUCGGUGGGCACACGAAAUGCACAGCUUUGCUUCACGUCGGUGGGGAGUGAAAUGCACAGCUUCGGUUUACAUUUUCGUUGGCUGCUCUUAGGGCUUUUUCACUCGUCUGAAACAGAAGGAAGGAAAAAUCUCGUGCAUUUUUGGCUACUUGGUUGGGUAUUAUUUUUAUUUCACUGAAGACAUGUGUACAGGCUGGCCAGUGUGGCUAGGGAGAUAAAAUUCAAUGUGCUCCGUAAAAAAUCAGCUGUUGACCAAAAAAGAAAGGGUGGGGAAUAACCACAAACAGCUGAUCAUCGUACCCCAGGCUGCGGUGGUUUUCCUGUCUUUGUUUGCAACUUUGCAGCAGUGAUGAGCAAAUGCAACCCAGGCAACUCUUCCACUUUCAAAUGGCCACUCAACGGCUACUUUCCCCAAGACCCACUCUCAGAGUCCUCACAUUCUUCUUCACAAUACCACCAUUCCACGACCAAGCUCAUUCUAAUGGACUUCACUCCCACUCUUCUCCACCAAACCCUGAUCCUAACCACGGCCUCAGAGCCCUUCAAACCCAGGACCAACCAGAUUCAAUUCCUCCUCUAGCAGAUUCUUUCUUGGUUGAGAAGAUGCUGUUCUGUUUAAAACAAGGUAAUUCCGAUUCAUUGCGCAAUUAUCUGUUUGUGUUAAACCCUUUACUUGUGGUUGAAGUUCUUUACCGGUGUCAUGGAAAUUUGCUUCUGAGUCAGAGAUUCAUUGACUUAGUUUUGUUGAAUUGUCCAAAUUUUAAGCAUUCGUCGCAAUCUUUGAGUGCAAUGGUUCACGUUUUGGUAAGUAGCCGGAGGCUUUCGGAUGCGCAGUCUUUGGUUCUUAGAAUGGUACGGAAGAGUGGCGUAUUGCGGGUUGAGGUUGUUGAAUCGUUGGCUUUGGUGUGUGACCGAUUGGGGUCCAAUUCAUCGGUUUUUGAUUUGUUGAUUAGGACCUAUGUGCAGGCUAGGAAGUUAAGGGAAGGGUCUGAGGCAUUUCGUUUGUUGAGAAGUAAAGGGUUUCAUGUUUCUAUCAAUGCCUGCAAUAGUCUUCUUGGUGGGCUUGUGAAGGUAGGGUGGGUUGAUUUGGCAUGGGAGGUAUAUGGGGAAGUUGUUAAGAGUGGUGUUGGUUUGAAUGUUUAUACACUAAAUAUUAUGGUUAAUGCAUUAUGUAAAGAUGGGAAAAUUGAUAGUGUCGACGUGUUCUUGUCGGACAUGAAAGAGAAGGGGGUUUUUCCAGAUAUUGUGACAUAUAAUACACUAAUCAAUGCAUAUUGCCGUGAAGGGCUAAUAGAUGAAGCUUUUGAGGUAAUGAACUCAAUGUCGGAUAAGGGGUUGAAACCAGGCCUUUUCACUUAUAAUGCUAUCAUAAAUGGUUUAUGUAAGAACAGAAAGUACGGAAGAGCAAAGGUAGUAUUGGAGGAGAUGUUGCAUAACGGGUUGUGUCCUGAUACUGCUACGUAUAACACAUUGCUUGUGGAGAGUUGCAGAAAGGAUAAUAUUUCAGAAUCUGAAGAGAUUUUUAAUGAAAUGCUGCGUCGUGGUGUUGUUCCUGAUUUAGUUAGCUUUAGUUCACUUAUUGGGGUUUUUAUGAGGAAUGGGCAUCUUGGUAAGGCAUUGUUGCAUUUCGGAAAUAUGAAGAAAGCUAGCUUGGUUCCAGAUAGUGUCAUCUAUACGAUUCUUAUAGAUGGGUAUUGCAGAAAUGGCACAAUGUCAGAGGCAUUAAAGAUGCGGGAUGAAAUGCUUGAGCGGGGUUGUGUUAUGGAUGUGGUUACAUACAACACCAUUUUGAAUGGGCUGUGCCGUGAGAAGAUGCUAGCUGAUGCAAAUGAGCUGUUCAACGAGAUGGUAGAAAGGGGUGUCUUUCCUGAUUUCUACACUUUCACCACUCUCAUUCAUGGGUAUUGCAAGGUUGGGAAUAUGACUAAAGCACUUGGCUUGUUUGAGACAAUGAUGCAGAGGAAUCUCAAGCCUGACAUAGUGACGUUCAAUACAUUAAUUGAUGGGUUUUGCAAAUUAGGUGAAAUGGAGAAAGCUGAGGAGUUAUGGGAUGAUAUGAUCUCUAGAGGGAUUUCUCCCAAUCACAUUUCCUAUGGCAUUCUCAUUAAUGGAUUUUGUAGUAUGGGGCAUGUAUCUGAGGCUUUCAGGUUGUGGGACGAGAUGGUUGAAAAAGGUAUCAAACCCUCUAUAGUUACAUGCAACACUGUUGUAAAGGGCUAUUGCCGGUCAGGUAAUGCAUUGAAGGCAGAUGACUUCUUGAGCAAGAUGAUGUCAAAAGGAGUUGUUCCUGAUAGCAUUACUUAUAACACUCUUAUCAAUGGUUUCGUAAAAGAAGAGAAUAUGGACAAAGCUUUUGUUUUGAUAAACAAGAUGGAGAGACAAGGACUAUUGCCUGACAUUAUUACAUAUAAUGUAAUUUUGAAUGGGUUUUGUAGAGAAGGUAGAAUGAAAGAGGCCGAACUGAUAUUGCAGAAGAUGAUUGAGAAAGGCAUAAAUCCUGAUAGAUCCACCUACACCUCAUUGAUAAAUGGGCAUGUGAACCAGGACAAUCUGAAGGCGGCAUUUCAGUUCCAUGAUGAAAUGUUACAAAGGGGAUAUGUUCCAGAUGAUAAAUUCUAACUAUUUAGCUGUUUUAGUAGUGGCAAACUGUGUUCAUUUGGCUGCGUGGCAGAUUUAUACUGAAGACUGAAGGUGGGAUUCAUUAUCGUUUUUCAUUCUUCAUUCUUACAUGCCAUAUAGAAUGUUGAGCUAUAUAACUGAAGUCUUGUGAUUGUCUUACUCUUCUGUUUGUGUAACAGUACAAGAAGUGCGCUCAAAUAGUAUAAGAAAGCAGAGAUUGGAGUUCAUGGAAAUGACAUAGUUUAAUUGCUUGUGAUUAAGGUGACACUACUUCUAUCCUGGAUAAGCCUUGUGAUUAAUUUGGACACGGGGUUUUGAAUUGACGAAGUUUAUACAUUUAGUUUGUCCUAUAGGGGACUUUGAAUCAAGGAAUCCUGGUCUAGAGACUUUAAUGCCUCCGAUUUGCACUGGGUCACAGCAAGGUCUUUCAUGCCACAUUCUGCAUCACCAUUCAGCACGUUUUAGACUUGACUUCGACUUUUGCAUGGGUGUGAUUUGUAUAUUAGCACCAAUGCCUUAAGGUUUCUGAACUGCUCAAAGAUAUUGGAAAGCAUGUUAUCAGAACUGUUAUGGGAUGGGGGGCUGAGCAAAAACAAAGGAAGCUAGCACAGCCAUUUCUUUAUGAUCUAAAGCUUAAGCACAGAGGUCUAUAGUCAGGACCUUGACGUUCUGAUCUACUCAAUUAAUCUCAACCCUAAACCGAACAAAAUUUGACUGCUUGCGUGAAAACUUUGCGUCAUCUUGCAACAAUUUAAUCCCCUACCAAAAAGGUUUGCCAGUGAUGGUUUAAAUAUCUGCUGCAACCCUCCUCCUCCACUCUGAUUUGGAACCAACUCGCAAAGAUAUAUGAAUGUGUGUAACAUAUCACAGGUGGGAUGUUUGCUUCGGCCAGGGAGCGACAAGAGAUGUGUUGGAACAGCCUGGGAUUGUGGUCCAUUAACAAGGAAUCAAAGCUUUAGCAGGACUGUUCACACCGUUGGAAGCCUGUGAUCAUCUGAAAUAUGGGUUGCAGAAAUUGUGCAACAACGUUGGCCCAUGGGAUUACAUCAUUAAUUGGGCUUUGGUUGGAAAAGGCUUCACUGGGCAACCAGAUUUUAAAGACAUGAGAUGUCCUUGGCUCGUCAUCAUUUUUCUUCUUAAGUCUAAAUUUCUUUUGGAUGAUUCUUAUAUUUUUGGUUAGGACUUAUAUUCAUCUCUCCA